AUGACCGGAAAACGCAAGCGAGAUACCGCCGUUGUAUCGCGAUCCACAAAAACCAUGGAAGCAAGCCCGCCACCGGCAGAUAAUGCGCAGGACAUCUUCCGCAAAUAUUUCGAGGCGCAAUUCGAGCCUCUGGAACCUUCCAAGCCAGAUGCCGAUUUCGAUGAAGGCGAAGAUGAGGACGAUGACGAGAAAUUAUCAGAUGCAGAGGGCUCGGACUGGGAUGGCUUAUCUGGAGAAGAGGAGGGUGAUGAGGAGGUGUACGAAGUGGAGAUUGUCGAACACAAGGAUGCCAAAAGGGAUGACAUGAUGGAUAAGAAAGCUCGUAAAGCGUUUAUGAAUUCGAGACCACCUUCAUUGAUAGAUGCGCCGAAGAAGACAGCAGAACCGGUCACAAAGGAGGAGGAACAAGAUGACAAGGACAACUUCAAGCACGAUCUCGCACUACAGCGGCUUCUCCGGGAAUCUCACCUCCUCGAGGAUGCAUCGGAUCUCGCACCCACCGGCAAGAAUCGUCUCAAGGCUCUGGAUCUACGCAUGCAAUCCCUCGGUGCAAAGACGUCUCUCUACGAUCAGAAAAUGCCCUCUGCGCAUCGAAAGGGCAUCAAGUCUAAAGCUGCUUCAAAGGAUGCUAAGCGAAGACUCGAGGCUAAGGAGAACGGUAUUAUCCUCGAAAAGCCCUCCAAGGUCACCAAGUCGAAUUCGGGACGCAGAGAACGUGGAAUUGGAGGGUCUUCCAUCGGAACAUUCUCCGGAGGAACCUUGAACCUAAGCAAACAAGAUUUGCAUUCGGUGCAAAGUAUGAGGGGACGCAAUGAGAGAAGCAGAGGAGGCAGAGGCGGAAGAGGUGGACGGGGAGGACGAGGAAGGGGACGGGGAGGAGGCCGGGGACGAGAUUGA